GCACAUGCUACCGUAGUUGGAACUCUUUUGUACAAUGAGGUAAUCUUGUAUCAUUUGCGUUAUUUUUAUGUUCAUGGCGGCAAGCACAUGGUGCGACUUAGCCCUCACAUCCUUGCGAGAAUAAGGCACAAGGAGUUUCACGGUGAAGUUUGGUAUCUUGUGACACUGCGGCGGGAAUACCCGUAUUUUUGUUUUGAAUUAAACUUCAUCAGUUAAAACCUAAGUAAACCUUAUUUUAUCUACGAGAGGGCCGAUCCAUAACCGCACAUCUCUGCCGUUACAGUGAAACUCCUUUCCAGGGUAAAACGGUGAGUGUGACCUAUGGAAGCUUAAAGACGCCACUACCUUCUGACUUCACAAUAUUUGCGAUACAUGAUGUUUCUGUGAUGAUGUGUAACUGUGAACGGAACAUAAUUUGCGAUUUAUGUUGAUGACAUUAACUGUGUGAAAAUUGUAUGGUGACACGUUUGCGUUAUAAAGUGACAAUUUUAGCAUUACUAUACAUAACAUAUUUGUGACUGUGUGUUAGUAAACAGUGUGCUAUUAAUUGAUUAAUGCCAUUGAUUAGUGCUAGGUAUUUAUUAUAUCUGUGCAUAUGAACAAUUAUCAAGACUGUGCUCUAGAUUGGAACUGUAUUGACUCUUGUUGCAAAUGUUGAUUUGUAUUUAAUAUGUAUACAUGUGCAUGUAUUUACCUUGUGUGCUAGGGGAAGGUUCUGAUAUUUUAUUGCAAUAUUUUAUCACAUAGUCAGUAGGUAACAUUGUAUUGUAUCUAAGUUUAUACCCCCUAACUGUGUUACAAACAUGUCGAAUGAAGAGAUGUCCUAUACAGAUGCACUUUCAUCUAUCCCCCCUGAAACAAAGGAAGACAACAACACAGGUAACGACAAGGAAAAUGUUAAAACAACUUCUGAGGAAACGUCUAAGGACUCCGGACAAGCAAGUCAAAGCAAUACAUUAAAUAUGCGUGAGCGCAAGAUGACUAUGAAAGGUUUGGAAUGGCAAGUUGAUCAGAUAUGCUCAAACUUUAAGCUCAAAGCUACAAAAUGGCGGAAGUGCGCAGCUUCUAUUGAAGUUCUUAUUUCGGAUUCGAAGGAUACCUCUACUAUCAGACAAGAAAGAGACGUUCUUAUUAGUAUUACGACUAGUCUGAAUGAAAUCCUUGAAAGAUUGAAACAAAUGCUAACAAAUGAAGAAGACGAGAAGUACAGAAAUUUAGUUGAUCAAUACCAGGGGAGGAUCGAGAUUAUUCUAGGAGAUAAUCACACAUUAAUGAGAGACAUUACAAAUUGCUUGAGAGAAAUAGAGUUUGACUCUGUCUCCAGGAUUUCAGGUAGAUCGCACAGCAGUCGUACAUCAAGGUCAACGAGGGUUUCCAAUACCUCCAGAGGUUCCAGGAAGUCAGUAGAUACAGUCAUGGAGGCAGCAGCGCUGAAGACAAAACUGAUGUACAUUGAUGAAGAAGCAAAACGCAAGGCAGACCUUGAAAGGAUCAGAACCCAAAAGGAGCUUGAUAUAGCGCAGGCUAAGUUAGAAGCACUUGAGAGUUUGGAAGGUAAUGAACCAUUCUCGUACAGUGAAUUUAAACAUUCGAUUCCAGAGCUUGACUCCAAGGAACGUGUGAAAAGGUUCAUUGAUACUCAGGUUAGGCCAUCAGAAGCGAAGGUCAAGAUAGAACCAGUAUCGGAUGUACCACCUAUUUUGCAUAGGAACCUCAUUCCCCCAGUAUUUACUCCUCACACACAACAGGAAUACGUCGACACUAGUACUGCCUCAAGAGUACCCUUAAGCAACAUAGACUUGCAGUCACUUAGCAAUCCUACACCCGUUAGUAAAGAUGACAAACACAUAGAGCAGGGCUUAUUAGAUCUGGCUACUUCACUAGCGAAGCAAGUGAGUCUUAGUCGUUUACCCCCUCCGGAACCUACCAUUUUCCUAGGAGAUCCGUUGAAGUACCCAAGUUGGAAGGCAUCAUUUCAAACACUCAUUGAGCAGCGUCAGAUUCCAGAUUCAGAGAGGAUACAUUAUUUGAAAAAGUAUCUGGGUGGGCCAGUGAAAGAUGUCAUAGAGAACUAUUUUCUGUUAUCAACAGAUGAUGCGUAUGAGGAGGCUAAAGGACUGCUAGACCAAAGAUAUGGUAACCCAUUCAUUGUUGCCAAUGCAUUCCGUGACAAACUGGAUAAAUGGACAAAGAUAAGCUCGAGAGAUGGUGUUGGACUGCAGCGAUUUGGUGAUUUUCUCAAGCAGUGUUAUACGGCCAUGCAGAGUAUUGGAAGCUUGAACAUUCUCAAUGAUGACAGAGAGAACAGAAGACUGCUGAGCAAACUUCCAGACUGGCUUGUGACAAGAUGGGGUAGGAUCGCCACACAGUAUAGAGAAGAAAGAAUGGAAUUUCCACCAUUCAAGAAUUUCAUGGAAUUUAUCGUGAAAGAAGCCAAGAUUGCGACAGACCCUAUUACCUCCAUAGAGUCUGUAAAGAAGUCUGAACUCACCCAAUCAGAGCCGAGUAAACCACGACCUGAUGUCAGGGUACGACAGCGAGGUGCAGCUGACUAUGGAAAACGAUCUUUCCUGACAGACGUUGACGAGAAUCAGCCCGCAAAUGUGAACGUAGCAAAUAGAAGUGACAGAGGGAGAAACUGUGUUUUGUGUGAAGGGAAUCAUGAACUAGAUGACUGUAAACAGUUCUUAGCGAAGAGUCUGGAAGGAAGAAAACAGUACGCAAAGCAGAAAGGUCUGUGUUUUGGGUGUUUACAUUCGGGUCAUCUAUCAAGGAAGUGUCGUCAGAGGAAAAGAUGCAAAACUUGUUCCAAGUUUCACCCCUCAUCUUUACACGGGGACAUCCAUAGACGAGAACAGCACCAGGUUACAGAGGAGGUGGAUAAGGCAGCAGUGCCAAAGGAAAAUUCGUCAGGAACAACACUUAUGAAUCACUCCGGAGCAUCUAGUAAAAGUACCAUGAUACUUCCAGUUUAUGUGUCACAUAAAGAGAACCCAGAAAGAGAGAGGUUAGUGUAUGCGCUACUUGACACGCAAUCAGAUACAACCUUUAUUCUGGAGAAGACUUCAAGGGCCCUUGGACUUACAGGUAGACCUGUGAAGCUCAUGCUAUCUACUAUGUAUGCAGAGAACAAGGCCAUAGAUAGUUGUAAGAUUGGAGGACUUGUUGUACGUGGCUUCAAUAGUGAACACAGGAUAAGAUUACCGGAGACUUAUACAAGAGCUAUCAUGCCUGCCAACAGAUCCCAUAUCCCGACACCGGAAGUUGCGAGAAGGUGGCCUCAUUUGGAGGCUAUUGCAGAUGAACUCCUACCGCUGACUGAUUGCGAAGUUGGAUUACUUAUUGGUUACAACUGUGUGAAGGCCUUGACGCCUAGAGAUGUUAUCGUUCCAUCCGAAGACGGACCUUAUGGUCAACGCACUGACUUGGGAUGGAGUGUAGUAGGCAUAAUGGAGAAUGACAGUUCAACGGAAUGGGAAGAGGAUCCCAUAGGAAUUAGUCAUCGUAUUGUUGCGUGCGACGUGCCUACAGAAUUGUGUACAUCUGAAGCAUCAAGGCAAGACCAUGUUGUAUUUUCAGUAAGGAACAAGAUAAAGGAAGUAAUCAACCCUGAAGAGGUAGUUAGGAUGCUUGAAGUGGAUUUUAGUGAGAACUUUAGCAGUUCAAAACAUGUUUCCUACGAAGACAGAAAAUUUCUGGAUAUCAUGGAAAAGGGGAUUCAUAAGUGUGAUGGACAUUAUGAAAUGCCACUGCCUUUCCGAGAAGCAAUGCCAUACCUGAGCAAUAAUAGAGACAUGGCAUUUCAGCGACUUCAAGGCUUGCGGAAACGACUUGAGAAAGACGCAAAGUAUAGCGAGCAUUACGUUUCCUUUAUGAAAGAGCUGAUAUCAAAUGGUUUUGCGGAAAGAGUACCGAAGACGGAAAUUGGUGUGGAUAGUGGUCAGGAGUGGUAUAUCCCACAUCAUGGUGUAUAUCAUCCGCAAAAACCAGGAAAGCUGCGUGUAGUCUUCGAUUGCAGUGCAAGGUAUAUGGGGCAGUCAUUGAAUGACCAUUUGCUGCAAGGACCUGACAUGAUGAAUAUGCUUUUUGGAGUUUUGUGUAGAUUUCGCAAAGAGCCAGUGGCCUUUGUUUGUGAUAUUGAGCAGAUGUUUCAUCAGUUCAAGGUGAAUGUUGAACAUAGAAAUUACCUACGAUUCUUGUGGUGGGAUGAUGGCAAUUUCAAUAAGGAUCCUACUACUUAUAGAAUGACUGUACAUCUAUUUGGAGCAGUAUCUUCUCCAGGAUGCGCCAACUUUGGCUUGAGACAAGCUGCCACAGACGGAGAGCUUCAGUUUGGGUCUGAUGUUGGGAACUUCAUCAAACGAGACUUCUAUGUUGACGACGGACUGAAGUCGGUAGCUACUCCAGAGGAAGCCAUUAGCAUCAUAGAGAGAAGCAAAGAGUUGUGCAGCAGAAGUGGUUUGAAGUUACACAAGUUCCUCUCAAACUCAAAGGAAGUUUUGGAGAGCAUUCCAGUUGAAGAAAGAGCAAAGGGACUAGCAGAUAUUGACAUACACCAUGACAAGCUUCCCAUGGAAAGAACUUUAGGUAUACAGUGGUGUAUUCAGACAGACGCAUUUCAGUUCAAGAUUACACUGAGAGACCGUCCUCUUACUAGACGAGGGGUUUUGUCGACCUUGAGUUCCGUAUUUGACCCCCUUGGAUUCAUAGCACCUUUCGUCCUAGUUGGGAAACAAAUCUUGCAGGAAAUGUGUAGAAACCAGACAGAUUGGGAUAGCCCUCUUCCAGAGAACUUGAGGCCAAGAUGGAGAUGUUGGAGAAAUGAUCUUGAGCAGCUUGGUUCCUUGGAAAUCAAGAGAUGUCUAAAACCCGAGAACUUUGGAGAUGUUGUUGUAGCUGAGCUACACCAUUUCUCAGAUGCGAGCACUAUUGGGUAUGGCCAGUGCUCAUAUCUUCGUCUCAUCGAUGACAAGCAGCAAGUACACUGCUCUUUAGUUAUGGCAAAAUCCAGGGUCACGCCACUCAAGCCAGUAACCGUACCUCGUUAGGAACUUACUGCUGCGCUCGUUUCUGUUAAGGUCAGCUCCCAACUUCUAGAAGAGCUUGAAAUUAGCAAUGUUGUCGAAUGGUUCUGGACAGAAAGCACUGUUGUUCUUGGAUACAUUGCCAAUGAUUCCCGACGAUUUCAUGUUUUUGUUGCUAACAGACUUCAACAGAUUCGUGAUCACACAGAACCAUAUCAGUGGAACUAUAUCAGUUCAGCAGAGAAUCCAGCAGACAUGGCAUCACGUGGUGUUACAGCUGAUGAGUUACGAAAGAGGAAAGAAUGGUUCAGAGGACCCAAGUUUCUAUGGGAGUCCAAUUUACCAUUUACUGGUCAGCCUGUCAGCAAGCCAACUAUAUCCGACGAUGACCCAGAGG